UCGCCUCUCGGUGGCUCGCCCAAUCGGCGCGCGGCGAGGCGUCGGCGCGGGCGCUGAUUGGUGCGUUCGGACUGGCGAGACGUGUUUCAAAAUCCGUUAACGGCGGCGGGCAGACGCGCCGGGCAGGGUGGCCGCGGCGCUGAGGACUGGAACAGUGCAAGGGAAGGAGUCUGGGGACAACGUGAAGGCAAAGAUGUCUCACCCAGAAUCUCGCUAUUCCUUUGAUGUCCCAAACACUUGCAUCAACUUCGGGUCCCUGAGUGAUGACGACGUGCACAAUGCAGAUGCCUGGUUUGAUCGACAAGCCAAUCUAGAGAAUAUCUCUCCUGCAGAAAAUCUGGCAGCAGUCUUGCAGAAUAGCCCUGCUUUUACAAAGCCUGAUAUUCCAUUAUCUUCUGUCACAUCACAAGGAAUAACGAGUGAAAGCCACGAUGCGGAGGACAGUGAAACAGGACACGCGCAGGUCAAUGUGGUUCCACAGAAUAUUGUUGGAUCUCUGACAAGCUGGAGAGCUGCUGCUCCUGCAGAGGCCUCUCAAAGAGCGGGUAGAAGACAGGCUGCAAAGCAGAGAAAAACCCAGCAACGCAAACACCUGGCUAAAAUCAAAGCAGAGAGAGAUGCUGUUGCCUUGGUUAAUAGCGAAGAGGUUCCACCGAUGAAAAAAAUGAAAAUCCUUAGAGUACCAGGGAAAAGUAGACGAUCUAUGCCUGGGCCCAUGGUGAGUUCUAGCAGCGGAGAGAAGCUGAUGGAAGUAUCUGCAAAGAGAGAGCCCUUGCAGAAUCCUGACCACUCCCCAGGAAGAGGGAGAAGCAAACUGACCAUGCCCAUGACACCAACAAUGUUGAAGAGGACCAAUCUUUCUGGCAAGCUGAAGAGUACAGAGGAGCAGGAGCUGGAAAAGAUGCAGCAAUUGCAGCGGGAGGUUAUGGAGUUGCGGAAGAAGAAUGAGGAGUCUUUGAAAGCAGCUAUUGCUGGAGCAGGACAACCUGUGAAGAGAACUAUUGGUCAAGUAACAAAGCCAAUUGACUUCCACUUCUGCACAGAGGAGAGGAUUAAACAACAUGCGGAAAGCCAACCUGGGAAUGAAUACAAGGAACUGGAUUUUGCAGCAGUACUGAGGAAGCACCCUCCCUCUCCGGUUCGAGUGCCGAAGGGGCCCACUGUCCCCAAGCCUUUCAAUCUCUCCCAGGGAAACAAAAGAAAACUUGAAGAAACUACGUCAGAAUAUGUGUCCCUUGCUCAGCAGGUAGAAGCAUUCCAAAAACGCACACCCUCUCGUUACCACUUGAGGAGCAGGAAAUCUGAUGAAGGCCCAGUUCCAGGAAAGCUGCUGAAAGCUCGGCUUACGCACCCUAAAACACCUGUGCUUCAAACAAAGCAGCGCUUCAGACCUGUAACUUGCAAAAGUGCGGCAGAGUUGGAAGCAGAGGAAAUAGAGAAAAUUCAGCAGUACAAAUUCAGAGCAAGGGAGCUCGAUCCCAAAAUCUUAGAGGGUGGGCCAAUCCUACCCAAGAAACCGCCUGUGAAGGAACUCACGCAGCCCAUUGGCUUUGAGCUAGAAAUAGAAAAAAGGAUUCAGGAGCGUGAGAGUAAGAAGCAGCAGGAGGAAGAGCAUUUUGAGUUUCAUUCCAGGCCGUGUCCAACUAAAAUCUUGGAGGAUGUUGUGGGUGUUCCAGAGAAGAAAGCACUUCCUGUUACAGUCCCCAGAUCUCCAGCCUUCACUUUGAAAAGCAGAACACGAGUGCCUGGCAAAGAUGAAGAAAAGGAAAAGGAGGUGGUUCCUGUGAUCAAAGCUAACCCUAUGCCACAUUAUGGAGUGCCCUUCAAACCUAAAAUGCCAGAGCAGCGACAUGUGGAAGUUUGCCCCUUCUCUUUUGAUUCUCGUGACAGAGAGCGGCUAAUACAGAAAGAGAAAAAAAUAGAAGAAUUGCAGAAGGAAGAGGUACCAAAGUUCAAGGCAAUGCCUCUGCCUUACUUUGACCGUGUCAAGCUGCCGGAAAAAAAGGUCAAAAACCCAACUCAGCCUGAGCCCUUCAAUCUGCAGAUUGAUGAACGAGGAGCUGCCAAGCUACAGAAUUGGAAACAGCAGCUUAAAGAAGACUUGAAAAGGCAGAAAGAAGCAGCAUGUUUUAAAGCUCGUCCCAACACAGUGGUGCACCAGGAGCCUUUUGUGCCCAAAAAGGAAAAUAAGCUGCUAUCAGAGAGCCUUUCUGGUUCCAUAGUUCCUGAAGGCUUUGAGCUGGCAACAGAAAAAAGGGCUAAAGAGCGGCAAGAAUUUGAAAAACGAUUGGCAGACCUGGAAGCCAGAAGGGAGAUGCUUCAAGAACAGGCCAGGCAGCGAGAAGAGGAGCGUGAAAAGGAAGAAGUUGCUAAACUAAGGCAAGAAUUGGUUCACAAGGCAAACCCAAUCCGCAAAUAUCGCAGCGUAGAAGUGAAACCCAGUGACCAGCCGCUGACUAUGCCGAAGUCUCCCAACUUCUCAGACAGAUUCCGGUGCUGAUAUGCAUCCAUGUGGUAGUGGGAGAGGGAGCCUAUCUCUUCCUGCCCUCAUGGUGGGCAGAGAGGGAACAGUUGUUUUUACAUGACUCCUCAGUCUCAAAUCCUACACUUGGCUCCAUUAUUCUUAUAUCAAGUAGUUUAACUCUAUCUGAGGCAGAUGGCUGAGGCACAGCAUAGAGACCGUGCCAUCUAGUCCUUGGCUUGCUUCACAUCCAAACACCUUAGUCUCUAAAGACUAAACCAGGUUUUGAUAUCGUCUACAAAUAUUGUGUACCUGAACUAAAUAAAAAUUCUUUAUUUGACCAACAUCUCUUGCUAGUGGAUCCCUUUCCUGCAGAAGAGAUCUCAGUAAAGGGCACUCAGUGGACAUACAAGGACAUGUGCCUCUGGAAGAGCUGCCUUGACUUCCUACAUCUAAGUAUUGGUUUCAAGUUUCUGUUUGUUAGCCUUUUUUAUUAAACUUGAAUUGUGUAAGUAAUGUGAGGCUUUCCAAGCCAGCAUAUUGCAAGUCUGACUUUUCUUAUUGAUGUUUAGAUGAAUGCUAAUAUGAAUCUUACCCACACUUUAAAGUAAUUCCCUGUGUAUAUUAGAGCAUUAAACCUUCUGCUGUUUUAUA